UCUCCACAUCACCCAAGCGCUGGUAGAGAGUUUGCAGGGUAAACUAUUCACUUGCGCUUUGUAUCCAGAAUCACCAUGCAGGGAGCAGUGCUCACUAUGCGGCGCAGGGCCUUCUCGCAGCAGGCUCUACGGCGCUUGGAGGAGGUCUCCAACGGCCGACGAGCGUCCACAGUGAAGCCCUCGACUUCCAAGGCGCUGGAGCUGGAUGGUCGCUCGUAUCUUCUACCCACUCUGACGCUGUCCAAAGUAUCAUCCAAAGAGGCCAAGGACUCGCAGUUGUUCCAGGCUCGAGCCAACAGAUCCACACCCGUGGUUCUAGAUCUGCAGCAAGUCUCCAGUGACGGUUCACCGCACUCGCAGUCAAUCAAGAAACAUGAACUGAGGAACGAAAUUAUGCAACUACAGGAAGCUGGUUACAUGCCGGUGGGUAUCACCAACGCCAGUGAAGACGUCAAGAAGGCUGCUGCAGCGUUGAAUCUGCCUUAUUUCAUUGGUACAAGACUGCACUCACAGCAGAAGGCUGUAGUGGCUACAGUGGAAGAGAAGGCAGAUGAGGUUCCUACCACUUCCAACAACACUUUCGUUGAAGAAGAAAAAUCCGGAGUUUCUGUUGCUGCGCAGACAUCAGCGGAGUCACUCCCGCCCAUGGUAGUGAGCCACUCGGUGCGCUCUGGACAGCAGAUUUUCGCGCAGAACAGGUCGCUUGUAGUGCUGGGCAACGUGAGCUCUGGCGCUGAGGUGAUGGCAGACGACGAUGUGGUGGUGCUCGGUGCGCUUAAAGGCCGCGCACUCGCUGGUAUCGGCGGCAAUGUGCGUGCGCGUAUUGUCUGCCAGAGUUUCGACGCUGAACUCAUUUCCAUCGCCCACUGCUUCACGACGUGUGACGACUUGGGGCAGGAUGAGACUGGAUCGCUGCAGCUGCACAAACCUACGGCCAUCUCACUGCAGGAUGACCGACUGCACUUCGAGUCGUUGACUGUGUAGAGGCAACAGUUUGCUUGUAUAUCAACUGUUCUUAAUGCGCUUUACUUCUUCUGCAUGGAAUAAAUAAUCGGUUCUACACUACACUGG